AUGCUGGAAAACCUUGGGAUGUCGGAUUCUCCUUCUGGCGACCCGAAUGCUUUGAAGAAAGAUGUGUCUGACUUGAUGGCAGAUGCACGUAAAUCAAGGAAAGCAGUUUUCAGACGAACAAUCGAUUAUAAUGCUUCUGCUAUCAACUACCUUCAAAACAGAAUUUGGGUCAGUAGGGACUUAGACCGUCCAAUGCUUCAGCCGGAUUACUUGUGGAGUCCUAAGUUGUGUCCUCCUAGGAGCUACAUGGAUUCUCCCAUGAAUUGCGUCAUGUCGAAACCUGUUCGUACAUCUACUAAUAAGAAUAAAUGCCCUAUAUAUUGCGUUUGUUGGACACCUGAGGGGAGGCGGUUGAUAACAGGAGCUUUCAGUGGUGAAUUUACUUUGUGGAACGGUUUGACGUUCAAUUUUGAGACUAUUUUGCAGGCCCAUGAAUCGCAAAUCCGUUGUAUGAAAUGGUCUCACAACGAAGAAUGGUUACUCACUGCUGAUCAUUCUGGAUAUGUAAAGUAUUGGCAAGCUAAUAUGAACAAUGUUGAAAUGUAUCAAGCACAUAAGGAACCAAUUCGUGGCGUAAGUUUUUGCCCAUUCGACAAUAAAUUCGUUACCUGCAGUGAUGAUUCUACCGUACGUAUUUGGGAUUUUCAUCGUUGUGCUGAGGAGCGCGUGCUCCGAGGUCACGGUUCUGAUGUUCGUAGUGUAGCAUGGCAUCCUGUCCUUUCUCUUAUAAUAUCUGGUAGCAAAGAUGCACAACAACCUAUCAAAUUAUGGGAUCCCAAAACAGGCGAAUCUGUAUCUACAUUGUAUGUACAUAAAAAUACAUGUACAGAUGUUUCUUGGAAUGAUAAUGGCAACUGGUUCUUAACUGCAUCCAGAGAUCAUUUGAUUAAAUUAUUUGAUCUACGCAAUCUUAAAUCAGAGUUACAAACUUUUCGGGUCAUAAACGUGAUGUCAUGCGUUGGUAGUGCUGAUGGUGCUAUUUUUUACUGGCUCGCUGGGACGGAUACUGAACUUGGAGCUGUAGACAACGCUCAUGAAAGCAUGAUUUGGAGUCUCGCUUGGCAUCCGUUUGGACAUAUUUUAGUUUCUGGGGCAAAUGAUUUUGCCACAAAAUUCUGGACGCGCAAUCGGCCAGGUGAUGUUCUCAAAGAUACAAUUAGUGCAGUUGGUCCAGAUAACCUUGUUCAAGCCGUCAGUGCAACAAAUUUGUUAGCUAACACAUAUUCAUUUGGAGACCCAGAAGUAGUCGAUAAUUCAUUUAAUAUUGACCUGUUUAAAUUACUCACGGAGACACCUAUCUCCUCCAACCGGAUAGAUACUCUUGAUGAUUUAGCAUUUUCUACUAAUCCAAAUGACUUGAGCACAACUGAAAUACCCGGACUUAAUGAAGGACCGGUAACAGACUAA